GAAUAUUACAGCGCACUUCACAUUUUUGUACGUCAUGUCAUUUGUGUUAGUCAGUGGCUGUUUUUUGUAGGUUAAAAGUGCGGCGUGUUAAUGUUAAUGGUGCUUUUUUAGUUUUAUUGAUCUUUAGCUUAUUGUAGCAUACAGAAAAGAUGUCAUUUAAUAGAGACGAACAUCAGCAUCUCAGAUACAAUCCACUCAAAUCAGAAUGGAUCUUAGUAUCUCCACAUAGAGCACUUCGACCUUGGAGUGGCCAAGUUGAAACUCCGCAAGUAGAAGUCGUUCCACAAUUCGAUCCCACUAAUCCGCUAUGCCCUGGUGUCACCAGAGCUUCUGGACUGGUCACUCCCAAAUACACUUCUACAUAUGUAUUUACCAAUGAUUUUCCAGCUUUACUGGAAGAAGGUCCAGAACCAGAACCCAGUGAUGAUCCCCUCUUUCAAACUAAGGCGGCCAAAGGAACUUGUAGGGUGAUAUGCUAUCAUCCACAUUCCAAUGUUUAUCUUACAAAUUUGAAGUUGGAUGAAGUAGUCGCGGUAAUAAAUGAAUGGAUAAACCAACUCAAUGAUUUGGGUAAAAAGUAUAGAUGGGUACAAAUUUUUGAAAAUAGAGGCGCAAUGAUGGGUUGUUCCAAUCCUCAUCCCCACUGUCAAAUAUGGGCAUCCACUUUUCUUCCAAAUGAAGCUAGAGUUAAGGACGAAAACUUACGUGAAUAUUUUGCCAAACAUAAAAAACCUAUGCUAGCUGAUUAUGUACAAAAAGAAAUACAGAAGAAAGAAAGAGUCGUAUACGAAAAUGAUGAAUGGGUGGUAGUCGUACCUUAUUGGGCUCUAUGGCCAUUUGAGACAAUGGUACUUCCAAAAAGAAACAUAACUAGAUUUUCAGAAAUAGAUAGUAAGCAGAAAGAAGCACUCGCUUUAACUUUACAGUCCAUAGUUGCCAAGUACGACAAUCUAUUUAAAUGUAACUUCCCAUAUUCUAUGGGUUGGCACGGAGCACCGACAGGUGAAGAUUUACAAAAGUGCAAUCCACAUUGGACAUUCCAUGGACUAUAUUAUCCUCCUUUACUGCGCUCUGCUACUGUUAAAAAGUUUAUGGUUGGUUAUGAGCUGUUAGCUCAAGCUCAACGAGAUUUGACGCCUGAAAAAGCAGCAGCUCUAUUAAGAGAACAGUCAACUACAAGAUUUGCCUGAAGAAUCUAAUAAAAUAAAAUUGUUUUUUAAAUUAAUAUA